UUGCCCUCUGGCGACCGGGGACCGGGGCCACCCACAUGUGAUGGCGCAAAGCUACAACUUGGCGCCGGGGCAUGACCCCGAGGAUUCGCGCUUGGUCCGGGUGACUUCCCCACAACAUCGUUCGUCCAAAGGGAUGGCAACGAUGAGGGGCUGGUGGCUGCUGUCGGCUGCGCUGGGAAUGCUGCUGCUGAUGCUUCUGGUGGCGAUGUGUUGGCCGCACACAGUGGAACCUGUGGAAUCUGAAGCUGUCAUCGAUCUGCACGAGAUCAACACGAGCCAUGGCCCUGUUCCGUUGAAACUCCGCGUGUCGGGCGUGGACUGUGGACUCAGUGGCUAUCACCGACUGCUGAAUGGGAACUACACCUACCAGGGGAAGGCGGAUGGCCGUGCAUUUUACAAAUCCGAAGAGGCACACCCAGCACCUUCGGCACCAGGCAGUCAAACACCCUGGUUCUUCACUCCCAUCAACCAGUUGCAGGACUGGUUCCAACCAGCAGAGUGGCAUCAUACCUAUUUGUACUACAAUGGACUCACUGGACAUUCGACUUCGCUCUAUGGUGAAUGGCACUUCCUCUAUUCCAAUCAUUCAGAUGGGAAGAAGAUCGCCAAGCUCUUUGUCACUCAUCCCUCUGGGCAGCCCCUCGCGGAGGUGAAUGUCGCUCCCGGGCCGCCACACGCUUUGCCACCACGGAGGGCUACGUGGAACGUGUUGUGCGACAGCACCGCGUUGAACACCUCAAUGUGGAUAGCAAAAGAGCUGAAAUUCCGCGCCCAGGGGAAGGGCAUUGAGACAAACCUGACUGGCCACUGGGAAUACGUCAGCAUGGUGAUGAGAGGGAGCGCGAGCAUCCUCAGCCAGGGCCAAGAAAACAGCCAGAUGCAGGGUGCCAGCGUCAUGACGGAGGCUGGCAUCGAUCUGGGUGGCACUGUGGGCAACGACAACGAGCUGCAGGGAGCCCUAGGGCUGCACUAUACCAAGCAGCUGACAAAAAGCUGGGAGACGACCAUGUCCAACUCCCAGGAACGUAGCGUUGAGACCCGGUUCUCCAGAAGUGGUGCGCUCUUUGUUUGGACUUGGGAUAUUAAGGAGACGAGUCUUGGAACACAUCUGGGGAGUUACAAAUCUGCAGAGUAUGCCAUCACACAAAGCAUUGUGCAGAAACCAAAGUGCUGUCCGGCCUAUGCCUCCGACUUUCCAGCCUAUCAGAACUGCCUGGUGGGAGGUGAGCUUCCAAACUGCGCAGUGCAGAGUGCCCAUCACUUGUUCGGGUGAAGGCAGAUGAGCUGCGCAGCAUCGAUUUCCUCGAUUUUUGGAGGGCUCAAUUCAGCAGAAACUCGUAACCAAUCAAACUGGAAAACACAUUUGAUAA